AUGGACGUCUCAGGACAGAUUAAACAGCUGUCAUACCUUGGAAACUACCCACAGUGGAAUCUAUUUUGGUCUCAACCUAGAAUGCAGUGUGAGGUGUAUGCUUUGUGUGGGGCUUUUGGGAUUUGCAGCCAAUCUGGAUUACCUUUAUGUAAUUGCUUGACUGCUUUUGAGCCAACAUCAGAGAGUGAUUGGAAUCAGAGUGACUUCUCCAGUGGGUGUGUGAGAAAAACCGAUUUGCAGUGUGGAAGAAUUGCUGAAAAGCCUGAUUUUCUCAUGAUUACAGUCAAGAGUCUGCCACCAAAUAACUCUACGGAAGCUGGAAGUGCUGGAGAAUGUCGUACAACAUGUUUGAACAGUUGCUCAUGUAAUGCUUACUCUUUUGUCGAUAAUCAGUGUUUGGUUUGGGAUGGAGAUCUCCUGAACCUCUCGGAAGAUAAUGAUAGUGGGAAAACAAUCUUUGUCAAAGUCGCUUCUAAAGAUCUUCCACAUCAUAAAAAGACUAAUUGGGUCACUGUGGGUGCUGUUGUUGGGUUUGUAGGAGAGCAAUCUGAAGGUUCAAGGAGUAAAUACUUCCCUGGUUUGGUUGCAAAUGUUCUUAUAGAUGGAACUGAUAUCCUUAGCGUACUAGACAGUAGGUUAAACAGGGAAGCUUGUGUUGAACAAGUGACAAAAAUAUGCAAAGUUGCGUGUUGGUGCAUCCAAGAUGAGGAAGAGAGAAGGCCUACCAUGAGUCUGGUGGAACGUAUUCUUGAAGGUGUUUUGGAUGUGGACAUGCCUCCAAUACCCCAAAUCUGCCAGUAUAAUUAUUUGUAG